AUGCAGCUGAGUCCAUUACAAUCGCGGCUGGCUGCGUCCAUGAUAGCUUCCAUUCUUUUACUUAUCAUCUAUUUCUUUCUCUUCUCUCCACAGUUCGCUCUCGCCGCCGAGUUCGAUCCUCCAUCCCCCGAACAUGUCGCGCGCGAAUUGGCUUACGAAAUACGGGAGGCCCUAGAGGCGCCAGAGGAAUUGGAUCUCAGAAGCUCGACAUACGAACCGGAAUUUGCGUUAUUCGACAGAAGUAUUAUAGGCAGAGCCGCAGGCAAUGCUGUUCCCAUAACAAACAACAAAGUCGAAAAGUCGAACAUUGCCCCCGGCACUACUAUGACGUAUGUGCUUCAGGCGUCGUCAGUGACUAGUCGGAUAAGGCAAUAUUCAAGCGAGUCUGCUGAGCUUCGAAGAAGUCUGAACGAAUCACAAGAACCGACUUCGAUCGCCGAUGACGCCGAUAAGGAGGAUAUUGCGAUAAACCCGGAACUUAUGCGCCGACAGCAGUCGUCCAAGAAGGUGUGGAUAUCAGCGAAUACUUGUGAACAACCUUGGCGUAUUUCGUCAGAUCCCACAAGUCCGGACCCGCCACAGCUCACUCUCUACGUCUCAACAUCGCCCGAUAAUACAUCUCCAGGACCGUCGCAAAGUACGGAUACGCAGAAGGUCCUCGUCUUUAAUGAAGGAGCUGUCAUGUUCAAUGUUUCUACGAGCCAAGAUGUUUACAUGAGCGUUUCUGCCCCUGACGUCUCAAGUGAGCUCUUCGACACAUCAAAACAAUAUAAUUUCGAACUUGUCGCUUCCACCGACCAAUACUACUAUUCAUAUCGCGAAGAUAAUGGGUCUGACCUGAUAUGGGUUGAUAGCGACGGGUCGGCAGCUUUACUGCAAACGAACUAUUUAACUAAUUCUUCGGAUCAGACCAUCACCGAGAUGCCAUAUGUUAUCUUCGCUCAUAACAAUGACAACUUAGAUAUCAACGGAAUGCGCAACUCGUACUGUGGCCUAAGCUUGCAUGCUCAGAUUAGAAAUCUUGACAAUGGCAGUAGUGGAAUGGUGACAAUGGGACUGAAACAAGGAGGGGAUAAGAACCUCACUCGGCAGGAGUUCUAUGUUAGUGGUCUUAAUGCUUCUACUAACUAUACCGGCAUUCUCGCUCGUCCACCGGGGACAGGUACCCAGAAACGACAGGAUGACUCCUCAAGUGUGGGUGGUGGCAUUGUAUUCCAGCCCACCAAUUUCUCAACUAAAGCUAAUGGCGCCUGUACAUUUAUCUUCAAUCUAACCCUGUGUACCGACACACAGUAUGCUGUACCGGGUAAUUUGAAGAAUUUUCCUAACGCCACAGCCCUCGCUUCCUUUUAUGAAAACUAUACGCAAACCAUGUGGGAUAAUUUCGACAAAGCCCUACAGCAAGUUCCAUGCGAGGCUGCUUCUACUGCUCAGUACUCUCUGGCUAGAAAUUGCAAUGAUUGCAAGAACGCGUAUAAAAACUGGCUUUGCUCGGUUGCCAUACCACGAUGCGAGGACUUUUCGUCCCCCGAUCGACAGUACCUACAAAUACGCAAUGUUGCAGCGCCUUUCUCAGACGGGACGUUCGUGAACGAGACCAUAAGGGAAAAGUACCAAUACUACAAAGCUUAUAAUUCUUCUCGAAAUCCCAUCAUCGAUGAAGUCGUUCAACCAGGGCCCUACAAGGAAAUACUGCCUUGCGACGAUCUCUGCUACGAGUUAGUCCAAACACUAGAACAGCGAAGGCGGAACGCCAAGUUCGUCAAGGAACAGGACGCUCGUCGUGGAAAGUCGGAAACUGAAAUCAAGAAACGCACCAAAGACGUGGCGAAGUCGCCUAUUUCUCCCUUUUGGCUUGGAAUUCUCGGUUUUAUUGUUUUCGGCGGUCUGAUAUUCGAGGUCAUCUCCCGCAUUUUCUUCCGAUAG